AUGUCAUUUUCUUUUGAAUUCAAUGAAGAUGAUUUGAAUAGUAAUGAGAUCACUAAAAAUAAAGAUCUCAAUAAAAAUAAAUAUCUCGCCAGCAAUAAUAACAAUCAACAUUUUACGAACCCAUUAGAUGUUCCAUUAGAACCAGCUACAAAAAAACCAAUUUUACACGACUUACAACAUGUUUUGCAAAGUUUAAUUAAUGUAAGAAUUACAUUUGAAAUUAUACACACUCCUAAGAACCAAAUCGAAUUAUAUAGAAGAGAAUUAUUCGACAUAAAACAUCAAAUCAUGAUGGAAAUAGAUGAUACAAAUGAUAACAAAGAAUUAGAAAUUUUAAUGGGGGAAACCAACGAGGAUUUAGUUAAAAAUGUUUACGAAGGUGGGUUAAAAUCUUGGGAGUGUUCAAUCGACUUAGUAGACUAUUUAGCAAAUAACAGUAGUGAAAUUACCGACUAUAAGAAAUUAAUUGAAUUGGGGUGUGGUACUGCUUUACCUACUGAAUAUUUGUUUAUUAAACAUUUAAAUUUACUCAAAAAACAAAAAGAUAACAACCACAAUAAUUCCAAUCUUUCUUUUUAUUUGUGUGAUUACAAUUACGAAGUUUUGAGACUAGCUACCGUCCCAAAUUUAAUUAUAUCAUGGUGUAUGUUGUAUUUGAGCACUGAGGAACUAAGUAACUUGCAGAAAUUUGAGGAUGCCACUAUUCCUAUUGCCAAAGAUGAAAUUUUUCUAUCAAAACAAUUAUUGUCUUCAUUCAAUGAUUUUAUAGUUAAUAGACAAGUUUCUUUAAAACUUAUUUCUGGAUCAUGGUGCAGGGCUUUUAACGAUUUAAUUAUCAAUGAUCUCGAAAAUGAAUUGUCCAACGAUAAUACAACCAAUGAUUGUAUGGUUUUAACCAGCGAAACUAUUUAUCAGCCAGAUACUUUACCUUUAAUCAGUGAAACACUAUUGGACUUGAAACAAAAAUUACAAAAACAAAAUAACAAGAUCGAAAUAUUACUAGCUGCCAAAGAUAUAUAUUUUGGUGUUGGUGGUAGCAUAUUAGAAUUCCAAAAAUACAUAGAGGAUAGAAUAUCCAACGAUGAAAAUGGCCUUAGCUCGUGUGUUUCUUCUUUCGAAGUAUUCAAAUGUAAUGAAAAUUUUAAAAGGUCAAUUGUGGCUAUUAAGUGA